CUGUAAGGUAGGCAGGGCAGGAUUUACCUGUAGACCAGGUUUGUGCUCCUCUCUCUCUCUCUCCCUCUCUCCUUGUCUGUGUGUGCGUGUGUGUGUGUGUGUGUGUGUGUGUGUGUAUGUGUGAGUCUGCACCGACCUGAAAGUCCAGUUCCUCCAGGAUUAUCGCCGAGGAGGCCAAAAACAUCACCAUGUCACAGGACUCAGACAACAGUAAGAGGCUGCUGGUGGUGGUCCCUAAUGAUUCUCUACAUGGACGUCGCUCGUACACCAGUGAGGAUGAGGCGUGGAGGUCGUACCUGGAGAAUCCGCUCACCGCCGCCACUAAAGCCAUGAUGAGCAUCAACGGAGACGAGGACAGCGCCGCCGCCCUGGGACUGCUGUAUGAGUACUACAAGGUUCCUAAAGAUAAGAGGGUGCUGCCUGUGAGCAAAGUGUCGGAGGAUCAGGAAAAAAGCAGUGAGUCUGACCCCCCAUCAGUAGAUAACCACGUCCAGGUGUUGAAGUCUGUUCCAGUGAAUCUGUCUGUCAGUGCCGAGCCUCAUGACUCUGUGAAACGGGACGCUUUUAGUGAUGGUGGCCACGUUGCCACGGUGAAGGCGGAGGUGUACGCCCCUGGCUUCAUCAAUUCUGCCCUACAGUACCGUCACGAGGGUGAGGAGCAGGCGAGGGUGGUGUAUGAACAGAACUCACACACGCUGAGCGAUGAGCAUGCAGAAUACAGGAAAGACACCCAGCGCAGCAGCCCUGACAGCACGUACGACGAUGAGGACGGCGCCACUGAGAAAUAUCGUCCCUCAUCUCUCGGAACCAAUGAGUUUCUCUUCAACCAGUCAAACCUAGACACGUUCCAGUACUCUCUGGACGCCAGCAUGUCCCUGAGACAGAAACAGGGCGAGGGGCCGAUGAGUUAUCUAAAUAAAGGACAGUUUUACGCCGUGACGCUGAACGAGACGAGCAGUAACAAACGCCUGAGACAUCCUAUCAGUAAAGUGCGGAGUGUCGUCAUGGUGGUGUUUAGUGAAGAUAAGAACCGAGAUGAGCAGCUGAAGUACUGGAGAUACUGGCACUCUCGCCAGCACACGGCUAAGCAGCGGGUCCUCGACAUCGCCGAUUACAAAGAGAGCUUCAACACGAUCGGGAACAUCGAGGAGAUCGCCUACAACGCCGUGUCCUUCACAUGGGACGUCAACGAGGAGGCAAAGAUCUUCAUCACAGUGAACUGCCUGAGCACAGACUUCUCCUCUCAGAAGGGAGUGAAGGGUCUGCCGCUGAUGAUCCAGAUUGACACGUACAGCUACAACAACCGCAGUAACAAACCACUGCACAGAGCUUACUGUCAGAUCAAAGUGUUCUGUGACAAGGGAGCGGAGAGGAAGAUCCGGGAUGAGGAGAGGAAGCAGAACCGCAAGAAACCCAAAGGGAAAGAUGCGGGUUCCGGAGCGGUCACUCUGCCCAAAAAGGGUGACGCCACGUUGUUCAGGACGAUGACGGACCUUGACGCUCAGCCCGUUCUCUUCAUCCCUGAUGUUCACUUCGGAAAUCUACAGAGAGCCGCACAGGUUUUUGCCUUUAACACGGAGGAGAUCGAGAGAGAAGGGAGUGUGUUAGUAAAGAGGAUGUUCCGCUCAGCAGAGGAUGACUGCUGUCCUUCGCCUCAUAAACAGCUCAGAGAAGAACCACAGAAACGAGUGCUCCUGUAUGUCAGGAAGGAGUAUGACGAGGUGUUUGAUGCUCUGAUGCUGCGCUCGCCGACGCUCCGAGGCCUCAUGGACGCACUCUCAGAGAAAUACAGCAUGCCUGUGGAGAGGAUCGCUAAAGUCUAUAAAAAGAGCAAGAAAGGGAUCCUGGUGAACAUGGACGACAACAUCAUCGAGCAUUACUCCAACGAGGACACCUUCAUCCUGAGUAUCGAGAGCUACGGCGACGCCUUCAAAAUCACCCUGACUGAGAUUUAGAUGCGUUUGCUUUUGGGAAGAUGAAGAUGUGAAGCCUUCUUUCCAACAUGGUGCUGAGUUCAACAGCUGCACCGUCAACCCAUAACUCUAAUCAGGUCCAAGCGAAGCGGCGUCUCACGAAGCCGACGUUCUACACACACACAGAGAGACGAGUCGCCCGGAGAGUCACGUGACUCCUGAAUCACCUCCGGUCACGGCGCUAACAGGAAGUUCUCCUGUGUGUAAUAAUGUGAUGUUACUUUUAUAAAUGUUAAUUCAGGAUGUUACAGAGCUGAAAAAUCAGACGUGUGAACAUUUAAGGUCCAGAAACUUUUCUUUAACGUAUCAUUUCACAGCCUCGUUAUUCACAACCUGUGCACAUUUGAAACAUUUCAGACGAACUCGACUUUAAGCUCCUAUCUGCUUCUCUUUACUGUUAGAUUUAGAAAUAGAAUUAAAGGAAAAAUUCAGGAAAUCAAAAUAAAUCCGUGUCUAAAAUAUCUGUGCUGCAACAUCAGAGUGUUUUUCUUAUUCUUAACAAUAUUAAAAUCCAAAAUUAUAUAACAAGCUGAAAAGUAGAACAUGUUUAAACGACGCAAACCGAUCGCUCCGUUAGAGGAAAAUGACGACGUGAUCAAAUUUAAGGCUGAAUUUUAUUAAAAUAAACAAAUAAAUAAACAAAUAAAUAAAGAAACAGAUAAGUAAAUAAAUAAUAGUGCUGUUUGAUGCUACAGAACUGUGCUGUGUUUCCUCUCUCACCUCGUCCAUGUUUCAACACUCCGGUCUGAUGGGUUUCAUUAAUAUAUGUAUAAUUAUUAUUUUGUGCCAUGUACAGUUUUUUAUUAUGUUUAUAAGUUUGUGUAAUGAUUUUUU